GCCGCGCGCGCCGAUCCAGGCGGCCGCGCAUCAAGGGACGCCAUGUUGGUUUUAAAGUGCCUGGCCGGCCUGGCGUUGCGUUAGACACUAGCUUCGUUGUGAGAAAUGCAGGGGUUAGCGAGGGGCCGGUGUUGUAAACGCGUUGAAACGCGACCGCUGGCAUCCGACAGACGGCACCAAGAUAUGCGAGGGAAGGCGGACAUUGAGGCACCCUAUCCUGGCAGCUGCAGCAGCCCCUCUAUGGUGUCCACAAGGAAACUACGAACGCGAGAGCCGCGAGCACGACUGGGAGCAUCCGGGCUCGACUGGCACACGUUCACUAGCGCGGGAGCUGUGUCUCCGGCGCCCGUGGUACCACUAGCACAGCAGGUCGGCGUCCUGAAACGCGCACAGCCACCAUGCAAACAGAUUCUGACGCGGUCAAGAAAACUACGGAAGACGCCAUGCCCCGACCAAAUGGCCCCUCUCAGAAAAGAUGGAGCUGCCACAGUGUCGUCACAUGCUUCAGAACACCCGAGGUCGCGAGCGAGGCCGCGCGCAAUGCAGCAAUCCAGCAGGUCAUGGGCUUCGCCCAGAAUCACCUGCAGAAGAAAAACUACCAGAGCUGGUGGUCAUGGAAUACUGAGCCUUGCUAGUGUCAACCGACGCAGCAAGUUCACCUGCUUUGGUCACGCCGUCUGCAAUCAUCGGAUCUAAUAUCAGCAAAGACAAGAAGGAAACAAGCAUGUCCAUCAACCUCGACCCGGCAUCGCUACCCUCGAACCAUGGCUUUGUAACGUCACCAGGCACAGCUAUAAAAGAGAGACCCUUCAUCAACAGCACCAGUGGGCACAGCGCAAGCGUAGGGAGCAGUGCAUUCACUAUGCGACUGUUUUUUCUUGUUCAGGUUAGUGAUCAUCAUUCAAUCUGCAGUGAUGAUCGUUGCUUGGUGAUAUUGCUGUGCCCACGUAGAUGUGUACGUAUGUGUUAUGCAUGUUUCUGUGUAUGCAAACUUCUUGUGUGUGGAGAUGUUGAGGAAAAUCACGGACCUACAGUGGAUGAAAUGUUUGAAACUAUUAUAAAUGGGCAGAAAGCUAUCGGCUCUGACAUCGCUGAGAUCAAAACUCACCUGGACAAGAGAUUCGGCAACAAAAGCUUUUUGUGAGCGAUUAGUAGACUUAGAAGACAAGGUCAAAGAGUUGAAAAUUAAGAGUUGUGUCGUGGAUGAAUUGAAUGCAUCUGUGACAAGUAUACAUGGUGCACUCAGGUCCCAGCAAAUCGAAGCCGUAGGAGCAAUCUUGUUGUGUUCGGCAUUCCAGAAGAACCAAACGAAUCUGAAGCUGUCUUGCGCAACAAAGUAAUUAAAAAUGUCUUCGAGAAAAAAUUGGAAGUAAAGUGCGUAUCAAUCGCUAGAAUUCAUAGACUAGGAAAACCUUCCGAAAAGCGGCCUAUAAGUCUUUACUUUCAAGAUUAUAAUGAAAAGGAGGCAGUCUUGAGGAAUGCUAAAAAAUUGAAAGGAACUAGCAUAAGCCUUCAAAAUGACUACUGCGCAGAUACGCUGCAAAAAAGGAAAUUGCUCAGGGACGGUGUGAAACAAGAUAAGAAUAUGGGCAAGAAGGUAUCGCUCGUACAGGAUAAGGUCCGCAUUGACAAACAACUGUAUUAUUGGGACGACACUUCAAACUUGCACAAGGCAUUGUCGAAGACGAACACCUUUACCUCAACAAGCUAGCUACUAAAGGAUUGCGAGUUUCGUCUGCUUGUAUUUAACGCUCGGAGCAUUGUCAAUAAAACAGAAAAAUUGGAAACGCUUCUUUUGUCAUAUAAUCCUCAAUUAUGUGUUAUAACUGCAACUUAUCUUCAUGAUCAAAUUGGUGAUGACAAAGUUGCGCCGCCGGGCUACAGGUUGUACAGGCAUGAUAGAGGUUCCUGUGGUGGUGGUGUUGCGGUGAUAACAAAGGAUAAUAUUGAAGUUACUGUUGCUGACCAAGUCUGUGAUCAUGAAAGUCUACUUCUAAGGGUGUCGCUACAAAGUGACACGUUCUUUGUCUGCGCUGUUUACCGACCUCCAAAUGCUGCUGACUUGUUUUUGAGCAGGCUAUAUGAUCACCUGCUAAAAUUCCGGGACAAAAACCUAAUUAUAACCAGAGAUUUUUACCUGCCAUUCAUUCAUUGGAAUAAGCAGCAGUAUGGAUAUUCUGUAGCGGCUGAUGCUCUAACUGAUCUAUUGUUUACUUUUAAUCUUGACCAGAUCGUGACAGCUUACACCUGUGGAAAUGCAAUUCUGAACCUUCUAUUUAUUUCUGAAACAUUUAGCUCGGGAACAGUGCAUGUUGAACCUGGAAUUUCAGACCAUAACUUGAUAUAUUUCUGCUGGACUAGAUAUACGAAGAUGCAAAAGGACAAAGUUCCUCCAGCUACAGUAAAAGACUAUAAUAGAGCUGAUGACACAGCAGUAAUUGAUUAUUUAGAAGAGCAUCUUGUCGUUAGCACCAACAGCGUUGAAAGUUUGUGGCAACAGUUUUAUUGUGUAGUUAAGUUCUGCAUUCAACAUUUCAUACCGUCAAAAAGACUGCAAAAGCACCAUACAAACCCCUGGAUUAGUCGGCAGAUAAUACAAACCAAAGGAAAAAUUAAGCACCUGAGAAAGAAGCACAAAACAUUCACUCCACAAUUUAUGCAGCUAAAGCAUGAUCUGCAAAGUAAAGUAAAACAAGCAAGAAGCAACUUUUUUAGCAACACUAUUGCUCACUUCAUUAAAAGUGAUCCUAGCAAGUUCUGGCGCUACCUCAAAGUAAAAAAGAGAUUAAGAAAGUCAAAGUUGAUAAUAUUCUCGAUGACCCAACUUCUAUUGCAGAGACGUUUAAUCAGUACUUUCAAUCUGUUUUUUUUUCAAUAUGAGACGAAUAUAACCUGCCAAAUGUUUCUCCUGUAUUAGAAAAUGAGUUGGAUAUAACUAGUGAGGGGGGUUCUUGCCAUGCUAUUGAAGCUAGAUAAUAAGAAGUCCACUGGCCCUGACGGGCUGUCAAAUGCAUUUUUAAGGCGUUACGCUCAGCAAAUCUCAAAUUUUUUGACCACAGUGUUUAAAUUUUUAAUAACUUCUGGUGUCGUACCAGCUGACUGGCGUAUAGCCCGUGUGGCACCUGUCCAUAAAGCCGGUGAUCGGCUACUUCCUAAAAAUUACCGUCCUGUUUCUGUUACUAGUAGUUGUGGUAAGCUUUUGGAACACAUAGUGGUGAGUUUUA